CAAGAAACUCAGUAUUGUUUUGAACAUAUCAAUGGGUCUUGUUUCAGAUCAUUGAGACCAGCCUUAAUAAAUGGAGCAAUGUAUAUUUUCAUGUCUGCAAUAAUACUAAUCACACUUUGUGGAAAUCUAAUAGUAAUAAUUGUGAUCUCACUUUUCAGGCAACUUCAUUCCCCCACCAACUUUCUGAUCUUGUCUUUAGCUUGUGUGGAUUUUCUUUAUGGUGCUGUGGUCAUGCCUUAUAGUAUGGUACGUUCUGUUGAAGCCUGCUGGUACUUUGGAGAACUGUUUUGUAAAAUUCAUUCCAGCACUGACAUAAUGAUGUCAAUAGCUUCAGUUUUUCAUCUUUGUUUUAUUUCCAUUGACCGCUAUUAUGCAGUGUGUGAUCCUCUGCGCUACAAAACAAAAAUUACUACAUCAGUGGUGGCUCUGUUUAUUGCUUGCAGUUGGCUUUAUGCAAUGUGUUUCGCUUUUGGAGUAGUGUUUUUAAAUGUGCGUGAAGUAGGCAUCGAAGACUACAUCUUAUCGAAUGCCUGUGUUGGAAACUGUGGAUUAAUUCUUAACAAGCAGUCUGGAGUGCUUGUGGCAGUUUUUGGAAAUGUCAUUCCAGGAGCAAUUAUGAUGUUAUUGUAUGUUAAAAUUUUCAGUGUUGCAAAAAGACAAAUCAGAUUAUUAAAUAAAAUACCAUUUGGCAGCAAAAAACAAAAAUCCCAAGAAAGUGAGAAUAAAGCAGCAAAAACAUUGGCAAUUGUAAUGGGAGUAUUCCUGAUUUGUUGGUCUCCUUUUAUGACUGUCAUAGUCACUGACCCUUUUGUUGGUUUCACUACACCCCCUGUACUUUUUGAUGCCCUCGGCUGGUUGGUAUACUUUAAUUCAACUUUUAAUCCUGUUUUAUAUGGGUUUUUCUUUCCCUGGUUUCGAAAAGCCUUAAAAACUAUUUUAAGAGGAAAAUGUUUUACUUAA